AGUCAUUAAAUGAAGCAAUUCAUGGCAAAAAGAGCAAAGGAUAAUCAAACAACAGUGACAGAAUUCAUCCUUCUAGGAUUCAAGACUUUUCCUGAACUGCAGACUCUCCUCUUUGUUCUGUUUUUGGCAAUCUACAUGGUGACAAUGGCUGGAAACAUCCUUAUAGCUGCAGUAGUCAUAGCCAAACAUCACCUUCACAAGCCCAUGUACUUCUUCCUGGGGAACUUGUCCAUAUUAGAGACUUGCUACACCUCAACAAUCCUCCCUAGGAUUUUGGCUAGUUUUAUGAGCAACUACCAUGGGAUUACUUUUAGUGGGUGUUUCCUCCAGUUCUAUUUCUUUGCUUUCUUGGCUGGAGCAGAGAGUUAUCUCUUAUCUGCAAUGUCUUAUGACAGGUAUUUAGCCAUAUGUAAACCACUACAUUAUGUAACUCUUAUGAACAGCAGGUUGUGUGUUCAAUUGUCUUUUGCUUCUUGGGUAACUGGUGCUGUGGCUAGUGCAUUUACAACAUUCUUCGCAUCACAACUAACAUUUUGUGGCCCCAAUGAAAUUGACCAUUUCUUUUGUGAUUAUGCACCAUUGUUAAUGCUCUCCUGUAGUGAAACCCAGCAAACAGAAAUUGUGAUGACAGUCUUGGGCUCUGCAUGCACGAUGCCACCAUUGAUGCUGACCCUGACCUCCUAUGUUUGCAUCAUCAGCACCAUUUUGAAAAUCCCUUCAAACACUGGCAGGCGCAAAGCAUUCUCUACCUGCUCCUCUCAUCUUAUCGUGGUCACAAUUUUCUAUGGGACUCUAAUCAUAGUGUACAUAUUACCAAAGACCAACACACUGAGGGAUCUGAACAAAGUCUUUUCUGUUUUCUACACAAUCCUGACUCCCAUGUUCAAUCCCUUCAUCUACAGCCUGAGGAAUAGAGAGUUUAAGGAAGCCCUUAGAACAGCCAUCAACCAGUUUGUGUCUUUGAGAAGAACUCUCAGAAUACAUCCUCAGUAA